AUAAUCAAUAACAACCGCAGGCAGUAGCAAAUUAGGGUCCUGCACACGCCGCAUUUUGACAUUUUAUUCAUCUCUAUCGAACAUUCCAACAAUCAAAACCCAAAGCCCUAUAAUGUAAAAACCUCACCUUUCUAAUUCUCCAAACACAAUCUUGGGACAAUGAGUACUUUCAAGAGAGCUUCAAGAGCUCUCAGAUCCAACUUCUCUUUAUUUUCUACUCCUCGACCCUAUUUAUCUCAUUUUUCCUUUAAUCAAAAUGCAUCAUUUUGCUCUCGUCCUCGCCAAAACAGUAAAGAAGGAUCAACUAUAGAUUUGAAUAAGUACCCUUCUGAUAAUAUUCGGAAUUUUUCUAUUAUUGCCCAUGUUGAUCAUGGAAAAUCCACGUUGGCUGAUAGGCUUUUGGAACUUACUGGAACCAUUAGAAAAGGUCAUGGUCAGCCUCAAUACUUAGAUAAAUUGCAGGUAGAGAGGGAACGGGGAAUAACCGUUAAAGCUCAAACAGCAACUAUGUUCCAUCGUCACAAGUUCCUUGGCAGUGACACAGAUUUUUUAUUAAACCUGAUUGAUACACCUGGUCAUGUGGAUUUCAGCUAUGAAGUUUCCAGAUCUUUGGCAGCUUGUCAAGGUGCCCUUUUGGUUGUAGAUGCAGCCCAAGGUGUGCAGGCACAGACUGUUGCUAAUUUUUACCUCGCGUUUGAAUCUAACCUGGCCAUAAUUCCUGUCAUAAACAAAAUUGAUCAGCCCACUGCUGAUCCAGAUAGGGUAAAAGCACAGCUCAAAUCCAUGUUUGACCUUGAUCCCAGCGAUGCACUAUUCACAUCUGCAAAAACUGGUCAAGGUCUAGAGCAGGUUCUACCUGCUGUGAUAGAGCGAAUUCCUCCACCUCCUGGUAAAAGCACUUCACCUUUGCGAAUGCUUUUGCUGGAUUCAUAUUAUGAUGAGUACAAAGGAGUUAUCUGCCAUGUGGCUGUUGUUGAUGGUGCUCUGCACAAGGGUGACAAGAUUUCCUCUGCUGCCACUGGCCAAAGUUAUGAAGUUUCUGAUGUUGGGAUUUUGCACCCGGAACUUGUACCGACAGGAAUCCUUUUAACAGGUCAAGUUGGAUUCAUGGUCAACGGCAUGCGUUCAACAAAAGAGGCCCGUAUUGGAGAUACUCUCCAUCAUACACGAACAGUUAUACAGCCCCUUCCAGGUUUCAAGCCAGCAAAACAUAUGGUCUUUUCUGGCCUAUAUCCAGCUGAUGGAUCUGAUUUUGAGGCACUUAACCAUGCCAUAGAGAGAUUGACGUGUAAUGAUGCGAGUGUCUCUGUAACUAAAGAAAGUAGCACGGCUCUAGGUCUGGGUUUCAGAUGUGGUUUCUUGGGUUUACUUCACAUGGAUGUUUUUCAUCAGCGGCUUGAACAGGAACAUGGUGCUCAUGUCAUUUCCACUGUUCCUACAGUGCCAUAUAUUUUUGAGUACUCAGAUGGAAGCAAAGUGGAGGUUCAGAAUCCUGCUGCUUUGCCUUCAAACCCCAAGAAUCGACUUUCUGCCUGCUGGGAACCUACUGUAAUAGCUACAAUUAUUAUCCCUAGUGAGUAUGUGGGGUCUGUUAUCACUCUAUGUGCUGAGCGUCGGGGAGAGCAGUUGGAGUACUCAUUCAUUGAUAGCCAACGGGCUUUCAUGAAGUACCGCAUGCCUCUGAGGGAAAUUGUUGUGGACUUCUACAAUGAAUUGAAAAGUAUAACAUCAGGAUAUGCAUCGUUUGAUUAUGAGGACUCAGAAUACCAGUCCUCAGAUUUGGUGAAGCUCGAUAUUCUCCUAAAUGGCCAACCAGUUGAUGCUAUGGCAACCAUUGUCCACAAAUCAAAAGCUCCGCGCGUUGGUCGCGAACUUGUGGAGAAGCUUAAAAAGUUUAUAGACAGGCAGAUGUUUGAAAUCAUUAUACAAGCUGCUAUUGGAUCUAAGGUCAUUGCCAGGGAGAC